GUGUCAAAAGUUAGUCUUAAAAUGGUGCUCACCAAGUUCUGUGCUACCCAGGAAUUUUGUUCUCAACUGUACAAAGUUACUUAGGUUUUGUGGUGCUUUUUGGUGCGUGCAGAUUUUUUUUUGUGUUGAAGAAGAGACAAAAUUGUAUAUGCUUGAAUAAAUACAUAAACAUGUAUAUGCUUUAAAUUGAAAAAUAUUAAAGUGCUAAAAAUAAAGUGUGAUUUCGAAAAUUGUAUUUUUGAAAGUGGAAGUGUUGUUAAAAAAACAACACUAAGCUAAUUUUCAAAGGCUUGGAAUUAAACAAUUUAGUGCUUUUUAGAUGCAACAAAAAGUGAUAAUGCAACGGUAUUGUGUAAAUUAUUGAAACUGUAAUGGUAAAAGUUAUUAAAGCGUAAAGUAAAAGUCUGUAAUAGCGUGAAUGAAAAUUAUACAAUAAGCUGGUAUUAGUAUAGUUUUAUUAGGUCAAUCACUAAAAGUUUUGCAUCGCUGUUUACUUCAUACAAACAUAUAUCGUGUAUAUUCAAUAUAUUUUGUGUAUUAAAUAAACCAGCAGCCUCUUCUCGCAACACCUUAUCGACUAAAGUUGUGAAAGCAAGUGAUAUUACACCAAGAAUUGUUAGCAGGACAAAUCAAUAACCAACGAUACAAGCGUUUACAUUUACAACGUUGAGAAAAGCCUGAUGUGAAUGUACGAUCAAUCAAUCGCCCACACGUAUUAAAUUAACUGAGGAGGAGGCUUUAAACCAGACUACGUACAUCUGCAACAUAAUUAAAGAGACUUCUUUGGUUAUUGCGAAUUGCAUAAAAUCCAAGUACCCAAGUUUAAUAAUUGGCCUUAACAUUACAACGCCACAGCAAAUCCAAUUCUACACCAAAAUAAUAAAACACACAUAGAUAAAAACUCGUCCGCAUAAAAACGAAAUGCAGUGUAGCUUAGAACAAAUGAAUGACUGCGAACGUUCACCGAACCGGACCAACCUUCGUGUCAACUUUAAUGAGAAAGGAGCUGAAGUAAAAGAGCGACGCGAAAAAUUUCUCACCGCCAAGUAUGGUUCACAUCAAAUGAGUCUGAUACGCAAGCGUUUGGCUGUUGAAAUGUGGUUGUAUGAUGAACUCCAGAAGCUCUUUGAUCCACCGAGUGAGGCUAUUGAUGUGGAUAUUGAUGAAAUUUUAGACAUGGAUACCGAUGAUAUAAGAAGAUCACAUUUAAUACGACUUUUGUCAGUCUGCAAACGCCCACAAGCGGAUAUAUCCAAAUUUAUCAGUGAUUUAUUGGAUCGAGCAAAAACACUGUAGAUUUACUGCUCUGACGCAACGGUACUUUAUUAACAAGUUAAAAAUAUAAAACUCCGAAUGAUGCAGAUUAAGUUUAGACCUAAAUACAUAUAUUAUUUUGUAAUAAGUAGUAAUCUUUUUGUUUAAAAAACUAUGUAAUGCCUUUUGUUAUUUCUCAACAUUUUUGUUUUUGAUAACAUGUUUUUUUUUAUAUAAAGAUAUAUUUUUAACUUGAAAUAAUUUAUUAUUAAAAUUAUAUACAAAUUUUAUAUACGACGCGCAUAGAAGAUAUUGAAUAUUCAUACGUACAUAGAAUUAAAUAAUUUAUUAUCACUUGUAAAACCAAAAACGCAUGGAUGAUAUUUAAAUCAGACAUGUAAUACAACCAAAAAUAAUAAUUAAAAUAUAAAUUUCAGUAGCUAAGUAGCUAAGUAUAUAAGUAUAUGUAAGUGAUUCUGAAACACAAAAUAAAUACAGUAAAGUUAAGCAACUAAUCAUGACAACACCAUACAUUUGUAUACCAAAAAACAAAAUAAAUAAAUAAUUGACACAAAGCAUGUACUAAAUUUAAUAAGAGAAAAAUUUUGCAAGUUUCAGGGCUUCGUGUGAUGAUUUGUAUACAAUGGAAAUACACACAUAUCGCAAUUAUCUCAAAUAUUGCUAUUAUGCUUCAAAUGUGGGACGAUAACCAAUUAGUUAAAUUUAAAUUACGUUCACCGACAGUAGUCACAGUGUUCAAUGUUUGAAAAACAAACACAUUUUUUUCCUUUUUUAUUAAUCUUCUACUGUUAAUAUUAUUUAUCAUUUAAAAAACAACAUACAAAAUCAAAUUUUGCUGCGAAUAACUAUUAUUAACUAAAUGUUGGAUGUUCAAAAAGUUUCUCUUUACCUUCACAAUGAUUCUCAGGUAUAAAUAUACUUUUUCUUUCAAUUAUUUCAAAAAAAGUCGUUGAUAAUAAUAUUUAUUUCCGAAUUCUUUUCGCCAACAUUUUUACUAAAUAUAUCACGGACUUGUUAGAAAAGUUGGUACUGUGGGUUCAGAAGAAAAUAGCUUUAUACAACUAGCCCACACUUGUUUGAUAUGUGGAUGUGUUAUGGAAUAGUAUAUGUAUGUACUUUUAUAAGUCCAAAAUGUUACUUCAUUGUAACAAUUCAAUUUGAUUAGGAAGAGGUAGUUUUAUUGAGCGAUUGGUGAGCUUACUUAUAUAAAAAUGAUUUUGUUUUGAAAAGUCUAUGGAAUAUAAAUAUUUAUAUUUACAUUUUUUUAAUUUAUGAUUUGUGUCGUCCUGCUUUCAUGAGAUGUAUUACUUAAGACUGUACUUCUCAGUCGAUGUAAUUUUUGGAAGCUAAUUUUUUGAAAACUGCCAGUAAUAGAAAUACUUUGCAUAUAGACUUGUUCGAAAAAAUUGGAGCAACUAAUAAGAGAAGUAAAGCACGUGCUAUGAAUUUUACAGUGAUAUUUAAAGGCAAACUAAAUUUUAAGAAAAAUGUACACAAAUUAAAUUUUAUAUCAAAAUAAAUGUACACCUAACGCUGUAAGUCGGAUAAAUUAUUUGGUGCAUUUUAAUUUAUAUACAAUUGACCACAUCUGGAACUCAAAAACUCUAUAAAAAUCUUGACAACGUUAUCUUUUCCUUGUAGAGCGUAUAACUGUUUGCUUUAAAAAAGAAGAGUAAUCCAAUUAAAAUUAGUAUUUUGGCUAAAGUUGUCAUUAUUUCUAAAAAAAACCUUCUAAACCAACAAUUUUGCGUAUUUUUACGUCCUAAAAGAUAGACAAUUUAUCAUAUUAAAUAUUUGACUGAAUAUUGCAACAAAUAAAUUGAUUACAAGUUUUAAAUUUUACUGUGUUGUUCUUAUUUCAUGGAACACGUCUGUAUAUCAACACAAAUAAAAUAAAUAUACUUUUGAAACGUACGUUUAUCUUUUGCAAAUACUCUUAUAAAUAUAUUUGAAUUAAAAGCUUUGACAAAAUGAUUCCCCUAUAAAUACAGAGUAGCAUGCUUGUUUUCUCCUUUGCAAACACAUAAUUGUAAGCAACAAGUUUAUGUCAAGUAAGUUUUGCAAUUACUAUUUAAUAUUUGUAAAGCAAUGGGUGAACAAAAAUUUGUAAAGUAUAAUUAAUCACCAAAAUAUAUAAGAGAGCUCAGGUUCACUGCCAAAAGAUAUUUAUAUGUAUAUCUAAAAUUAAUGCAUAUGAAAUAGGUAUAGAGAUGUUUGGGAUUGAUUGAUUGCAAAACGAGAAAUGCACCGCGACCUUAGGUCUAUUGUGCCCUCUCCAAAAUUAUAAACACUCACCCGGACCCAGCAUAUUGUAUGGAAUUAUUAAAAUAUUUAUAUAUAUUGAAGUCGAAAAUCUUUUAAAUUUAAAAUGGGUGCAUUGUAUGAAGUGUAGUAGUAUACUAAGAGAGCUAUUCGAAAAACGGUUACGCAUUAUUAUUCUAAAUUCAAAGUUUUUGUUAUUAUAAAAAUGAAUGAAUAUAAAUUCCAUACACUAAUAUAUAUAUCUGAAUUAUUAUUUACCCUACAUUGAAAUACACAUAUUUUUGUUUAUAGUAGCCCAUUCACAAAAAAUUUCAAAACGAUUGCGUUUUGCUGACUGGAAUUAAAAUGAAAGAUCUCCGAAAAGGAUUAGUUUAUGUAGAACUAAAUACAUUGAUUGUUAAUUUGGUUCCAUAUCAUAAUGCGUUCUUGCAACCACCAGUUUAUUAAAGUUUACAAAAUUUUUUGAGUAAAGUUCUUACCUACUUAGAAAUAGACCUUUAUUACUAAAAACUUAAGCCGGAGUAUUACAUUCUCUUAUUCUCACAAAUAUAUGAGGUUAUUUGAGAAAUUUAAAAAUAUAAAACUAUGUACGAAUAUUUUAUAAGUUAAGUCAUUCCAUUACUUGUUAUUAAAAAAUGUCUGCUAUUUUCUCUUAGUGACGUACGGUACAUACAUAGUUUUCAAGUUUGUAGGAUAUGUGCCACUAUUUAUCUAAACUGAACCUAAGUUUUAAAAUUGCUGAGAAUAUUUGAAAUGAAUUGAAGAGUGUACACAGAAUUUUGUAUUUGAGAGUAAUGUUGUUACAAGGAUCUUAUUAAGAUUGAAAAAAUAGCCUUGAUAAAAUAAAAACUUUUUAGAAACGUUCAGAUUACUAUGUAAAUAUUCAUUAUGUUAAAAGUUAACCAAAAACAAUUAUCAAAUCUUUUAUUAGCAUUCAUAAGCUCAUUUGCGAAUCUAGACCUAAAUAAUAAAUACACAUAAUUUAAUUAUUUUUAUUUGCUAAGACUAAUAAGAUUAUUUGCUGUUUAUUAUUAUUAUUUUUUUUAUGAGUAAAAGUUUACUUAAGCUCAUCCGACCUCACGCAAUGUCAAACUACUGAGUGUCGUUUCUUAAAAAUACAUUCGGGUCCUGAAACAAAUAAGUAUAUACAUAGUUAUGUAUACAUGUCUGUUCAUACAGUUUAUAAUUCGCUUUAACUUACAAAAAGAAAUGUACGUUAUCAGGUUUACCCUCAGCUUCGCUCGCAUCGAAAUCUUAAAUAAAGAUUAAAGAGAUUAGCUAAUAAAAAUGCAAUGCUUUUGUUAGGGUAUUUCAAUCUUUAAAGUUUAUGCGUAUGAUGAUCAGUUCAGUGGUUUCGACGUGAAAGCAUAUAUAAUAAACUUACAUUCACUUUUAUAAUACCAUAUAGGAUUCAGGGAUGCAAUGUACUGCAAUAUUGUAAAAACCCACUUCUUCAACUCAAAAUGUAGUCGAAAAAGAUUUUAACUCUAACGUCGUAAUAUUGAAAAAAUACAUACAUUUCGAAUUGACUAUUCAUUUCCCUAUUUCACCUUCAAAUUUAAUUAAUACAGAUGCAAGUUCUUAAUAUCUAUACGUUUUUUUAAUAUAAACAACUUUAUUUUUACCAUACCUUCAGAGAGCACUUAUACUAGUACUUCUCCAGCUUUGAAAUAACUAAACUUUUCAGUACGGUUAGCCCCGUCAAUACAAACAAAUAAAUAAAUUCGUAAUUAAAGCGAAAUCAAUAUGAUCAAAGAGCCAUACGGGUGUACAUAUAGACCAGCAUUAUAAAAUUAUUACAAAAUCGUUCAUGAUUAUGCUACUCGUAUACUUAUUGCAAUAAUGAAAAAAAACGUUUUCUUUUUCAAACCUCAAAUGUUGUGAAAUCUGAAUUAAUGCUCACCAAUCCACUGGAAAUGUAAUUAAACAUAGUUUCUUUUAUGGUAAUAUACAUAUGUAUGUAAGACUUAUUUUAACAUAAAACCUUUUACACUUAAAAACUCAUCAUUUACUAUAUAUUCAAAAUAAGUAUGCUCGUGAACUAUUGCGUGAGUAAGCAUACGCGUAAUCACAUAAGCCGAGAAAAUGCAAAACGAAUAUAGAUAUUAUUGUAAGUCAUAAGGAGCAAACUUUGUAAUUUACGAGAAAAUAAAAUUAUUUGCUUUGUGAAAUAA